AUGCCCGAGACGUCUUCCCCCACGAUUCAAUCAGAUGACACAACGACGUCACCAAGUAUCGUAGGCAAUACGUUUAUGCGUCAAUACUAUCACUUUCUGGCCAAGGAACCACAGAGUUUGCAUCGUUUUUACAAGGCCGAAAGUCGAUGGUGCCAUGGCGUUGGAUCGCAUAUGGAAGAGCCUAUUGCUGGUCAACGAGCGAUUAAUGACCAGAUCUUAAAGCGUGGGUAUGCAGGUGCCCGAGUGGACCUGGAUGCAGGCUCAAUUGACUGUCAAAACUCAUUGGGUGGCGGUGUCUUUGUGCUUGUUACGGGUAUCAUGACGUUACGUAGUAGCCCCGAGCCCAAGCCGUUUGUUCAGACUUUUUUCCUUGCUGUGCAGCCUAAAGGAUACUUUGUAUUGAAUGAUUGUCUACGUUUCUUGGCCUUGUCAAAUACUUUGUCGACUCCAGACGUGGACAAGGAGAAGAGUGUGGGGAUGAUAGAAAAGGACAAACAGACGGAUACACACGUGUCGAUGUCGCCUGUAGAAAAAGUACAGCAGGACAUGAAGAAGAAGAAGACACAGGAAGACAAAGAGAAUGAGACGUUUGUGUUUGUGUCACCGGAAAAGGCGACGUCGCCUGUCAAGAGUACGACGAAAGAAGACACGUCUGUGUCUCCUGUGAAGGCCGCGACGACGAUUGCGUUGUCUCCUAUAGAGAAGACGACGACAACAACGAAGGAGGAGGCACCGGCAUUUGUCGCCAAGACACCGUCGCCUGUCGAGAAGCCGGAUCAGACGCCAGUUGCUACUGCUUCGUCUGUUCCUGUUCCUGCACCGGCUGAUCCUGUCGUGCCAGCCCCUGCAGAGCCUGAAAAGCCCAAGACGUGGGCUGCACUGUUCUCAGCCUCGAAGGCUGUUGCGUCCAUCACGCCUUCUGCUGUUGCGUCUCCAGCUGCAACCCCUGCUAAGCCUGUGGCUGCCGUUACGCCUGCGCCGACUCCCGCCCCUGCUGUGAUUUCUCCUACGUCUGGUGCGCUGGCGCCGGAGAAAUCGCCCAAGAACAAGUCAAGCAAUGGCAACGAGAAGGAAAAAGAGCAUAAGCGAAUGUACAGUCUUUUCAUUCGCGACCUGCCGCCUCAGACGCGUGAGAAUGACCUGCAUGAGCUGUUCAAGGGAUACGGCUCGAUCGCUGGUGUGAACGUGGUGCUUCAGCGUAACUUCGCUUUCGUGGACUACUACGAACAGGAGAGCAUGCGUGCUGCUCUCGCUGAGACGAAGGAGUUCAAGUUGUUUAACAAGGUUCUGCAGGUGACCGAGCGUGGCGACCGCAAGGAAGGACAACGCAGUGGCUUCCGUGGCAACGACUCGCGUGGUCGUGGCCGUGGUCACGGUCCCAAGAGUGGUCGCGGCGAUCGCAAGGAGCGUAGCGGGGAUGACGCUCCUCCCUCCAGCAAGGGCGAGAGACGUGAUGGCUCGCGACGCGAGAAAACUGGCAGCCGCCGUGGUGGAAAGGUGGACGGCACGCCGCGAGCGGAGUAA